ACCGAGUCGACUCGCUCCGCCGCCGCCGUCUCCGUCAUCACCGUCUGCGCAAUCCGUUAUUCAUAGCCCGGAUUUCUCUAUGGAGAUUUCCUCGGCCGAAUCGUUGUCCAUCUCUGGCGCGGCCGCUUCUGAGGUCGUCUCUGAGCCUUCCGUAUCUUCUUCUUCUUCCUCUUCGUCGCCGAAUCAGGCCUCCCCCAAUCCUUUCUCAACCAUGGAUCCCGCAGUUGCGACGGCGACAGGGUCUAGGUACGUUGAUGAUGACGAAGAUGAGGAGGACGUGUGCAGGAUCUGCAGAAAUCCUGGUGAUGCGGACAAUCCGCUUCGGUAUCCGUGCGCCUGUAGCGGAAGCAUCAAGUUUGUUCACCAGGAUUGUCUCCUUCAGUGGCUUAAUCACAGCAACGCUCGCCAAUGCGAGGUUUGCAAGCAUCCUUUUUCAUUCUCCCCAGUGUAUGCUGACAAUGCUCCGUCAAGGCUCCCUUUCCAGGAGUUUGUAGUUGGCAUUGCUAUGAAAGCUUGCCAUGUUUUACAGUUCUUUCUGCGGUUAAGUUUUGUGCUUUCUGUCUGGCUUCUCACUAUACCUUUCAUUACAUUUUGGAUAUGGCGAUUGGCUUUCGUGCGAAGUUUUGGUGAAGCUCAGAGGUUGUUCUUAAGCCACAUCUCCACCACAGUAAUUCUCACCGAUUGCUUGCAUGGGUUCUUACUAUCGGCAAGUAUUGUCUUCAUUUUCCUUGGAGCUACUUCAUUAAGGGACUACUUCAGGCAUUUACGAGAGCUUGGGGGACAAGAAGAGAGAGAAGAUGAUGGGGACAGAAAUGGUGCUCGUGCUGCAAGAAGACCUGCUGGACAGGCUAAUAGGAAUCUUGCUGGAGAGGGGAAUGGUGAAGAUGCUGGGGAUCAGGGUGCUGCUGCUGGUCAGAUUGUUAGAAGGAAUCCUGAAAAUGUUCUGGCAAGGUUGGACAUACAAGCAGCUCGUCUUGAGGCUCAGGUUGAACAGAUGUUUGAUGGGUUGGAUGACGCUGAUGGUGCAGAAGACGUUCCAUUUGAUGAGCUGGUUGGAAUGCAAGGUCCAGUGUUUCAUUUGGUUGAGAAUGCAUUUACUGUUCUAGCAAGCAAUAUGAUAUUCCUUGGUGUUGUGAUCUUCGUGCCCUUUACCUUAGGACGAGUUAUAUUGUAUCAUGUGUCAUGGCUUUUUGCUGCUGCUAGAGGCCCUGCGGUGACUGCAUCAUUGCAUCUUACGGAUACCGGACUCUCAUUGGAAAAUAUAACUCUGAAGAGUGCGCUGACUGCUGUCUCAAAUUUGACUAACGAAGGCCAAGAAAAUGGGCUACUUGGCCAGCUCACUGAGAUGAUGAAAGUCAACGGAAGUGAAUUGAAUGGAGCAAACAAUACGCUAUCGGUUGCUACUGAUCUCCUGAAAGGUUCUGCUGUUGGGGCCUCAAAGCUAUCUGAUAUUACAACUCUGGCUGUUGGAUACAUGUUUAUAGUAUUUCUGGUGUUCCUUUACCUGGGGAUCAUUGCACUGAUUCGAUAUGCCAAGGGUGAGCCACUAACCGUUGGAAGAUUUUAUGGUAUUGCAUCUAUAGUAGAAGCUGUACCAUCCCUCCUUAGACAGUUCUUGGCAGCAAUGAGGCAUCUGAUGACAAUGAUCAAAGUUGCCUUUCUUUUGGUCAUCGAGCUUGGGGUCUUUCCUCUGAUCUCACUUGUUCAUUGGGUUGUUGGUAUCAUGUACAUGUUGCAAAUAAGCAUCUUCGUCAGCCUUCUACGAGGGGUUCUUCGCCCUGGAGUUCUGUAUUUCCUUCGUGAUCCAGCAGAUCCUAAUUACAAUCCAUUCCGAGAUUUGAUCGAUGAUCCAGUGCACAAGCAUGCUCGUAGAGUACUGUUAUCUGUUGCAGUGUAUGGAAGUUUGAUUGUCAUGCUGGUAUUUUUACCAGUCAAACUUGCGAUCCGGAUGGCUCCUUCAAUCUUUCCACUGGACAUAUCUGUAUCCGACCCAUUCACUGAGAUUCCGGCCGACAUGCUUCUGUUUCAAAUAUGCAUUCCAUUUAUCAUCGAGCAUUUCAGACUUCGGACCACAAUUAAGUCCCUUCUACGCUGCUGGUUCACUGGUGUUGGCUGGGCACUUGGUUUGACAGACUUCCUCUUGCCAAGACCAGAGGACAACAUUGGUCAGGACAAUGGAAAUGGUGAACCAGGAAGGCAGAACAGAGCACAAGUAUUGCAGGUGGGAGGACCUGACAGGGCCAUGGCAGCGCUCCCAGUAGCUGAUGACCCUAACAGAAGUCGCCUCCGUGCUGGGAAUGUCAACACGGGUGAGGAAUAUGAAGAUGAUGAAGAACAAUCUGAUUCAGACAGGUACAACUUUGUCGUCAGGAUAAUCCUCCUUCUACUUGUUGCAUGGGUGACUCUUCUUCUCUUCAAUUCAGCAUUGAUAGUUGUACCAGUUUCGCUUGGACGUGCUCUAUUCAGUGCCAUCCCUAUUCUUCCAAUAACUCAUGGCAUCAAAUGCAAUGACCUGUAUGCUUUCGUCAUUGGUACAUAUGCCUUUUGGACUACCAUAUCUGGGGCCAGGUAUGCUAUUGAGCAUGUGAAGUCAAAGAGGACUUCAGUCUUGCUUAACCAAAUAUGGAAAUGGUGUGGGAUUGUUUUCAAGAGCUCGGUGCUGUUAGCCAUAUGGGUUUUUAUCAUUCCGGUGCUAAUUGGACUUCUGUUUGAGCUUUUGGUUAUUGUCCCAAUGAGAGUCCCAGUUGAUGAAAGCCCUGUCUUCCUCCUGUAUCAAGACUGGGCUCUUGGGCUCAUCUUUUUGAAGAUCUGGACUAGACUGGUAAUGCUGGAUCAUAUGCUUCCAAUAGUGGAUGAUAGCUGGAGAGCAAAGUUUGAGAGGGUAAGAGAAGAUGGCUUCUCGAGGCUUCAAGGGUUAUGGGUACUUAGAGAGAUUGUGUUCCCGAUCGUGAUGAAACUCCUAACGGCUUUAUGCGUGCCUUAUGUGUUGGCGAGAGGAGUGUUCCCAAUGCUCGGAUAUCCGUUAGUAGUGAACUCAGCGGUCUACAGAUACGCAUGGAUAGGUUGUCUCUCAGUGAGCCUCUUCUGCUUCUGUGCAAAAAGAUGCCAUGUCUGGUUCAGAAACCUUCACAACUCUAUCCGUGAUGACCGUUAUCUCAUUGGUCGGAGACUGCAUAACUUUGGGGAAGCUGCUUUGGCAAAUCAAAACCAAAACCAAAGUAGUGAGGAUGCAGGAGAUGGUGUCCUGAUAGGACGUGAGGGAGAUGUUGAUAAUGGACUUAGGCUCAGACGUGCAAUCCAACAAGAAGCUUAGGUAUUUUGUCAAACUCAGUUGGAAACUGUGCACUGAGGCGUUUAACAGUUGUGUACUUAAGCCGUUAAGAGAUGGCUUUGAAAGAUUUUAUUUUAUUAGUCGAUGUGUAAAUUAUUAUAUCCGUUGAUGAUUCUUUUCUUUUUGUUUGUGUACUAAACUAAAAGAUCUUUA